AGUGUAACUGCAAAAAACCUCCAAAAAUGCCGCGGAGUUUAUGGAUUCUUCUAGUUUUCGCUAUAUCCGGGUCUUCGACGUUCUACACUGCCAAGGACAGCGUUUUUGAGCUCACGGAUUCGAAUUUCGACGCAAAAGUACUGAAAAGUGAUCGCAUUUGGAUAGUGGAGUUUUAUGCGCCAUACUGUGGCCACUGUAAAUCGCUUGUCCCAGAGUAUAAAAAAGCAGCCAAGCUGCUCAAAGGAAUUGCCGAAAUCGGAGCAAUCGAUGCGACAGUCCAUCAGAAAAUCCCAUUGAAAUACUCCAUUAAAGGAUAUCCAACGAUUAAAAUUUUCGGAGCGACUGAAAAAUCCAAGCCGAUCGAUUAUAAUGGUCCAAGAACUGCGAAAGGAAUAGCUGAUGCUGUCAAAAAAUCUAUUGAAAAGAGCUUGGAGCAACGUUUGAAGGGAAAAUCAUCAGAAAAAUCCAAGAAAUCGGAUAAAAAGGGAAAAGUGGUGGUUCUGACCGAUUCGAACUUCGACAAGCUCGUCCUGAACAGCAAGGAGCCAUGGAUGGUGGAAUUCUUUGCUCCGUGGUGUGGACACUGUCAGAAGCUUGAGCCAGAGUGGAAAAAGGCGGCAGAGGAAAUGGGUGGAAGGGUUAAGUUUGGAGCUCUCGACGCAACUGCUCACGAGUCCAUCGCUCAAAAGUUCGGAAUCCGUGGCUUCCCGACGAUCAAAUUCUUCGCUCCAGGUACAUCAUCAGCUUCCGAUGCAGAGGAUUAUCAAGGUGGACGUACUUCAACCGAUCUGAUUUCCUACGCAGAAUCCAAGUAUGAUGACUUUGGAGCAGCUCCAGAAGUUGUUGAGGGAACCGGCAAAGCUGUAGUUGAAACCGUGUGCAAGGACAAGCAAUUGUGCAUUUUCACAUUCCUUCCGAGCAUUUUCGACUGCCAAUCCAAGUGCCGAAAACAAAAAAUCGAUAUGCUGAAUGAAUUAGCGACGAUCUUCAAAAAACGAUCAUUCGGAUGGGUUUGGAUGGAAGGCGGAGCACAGGAAAACGUCCAGAGAGCAUUUGAAAUUGGAGAUUACGGAUUCCCGGUGCUCAUCGCGAUGAGCCCGAAGAAAAUGAUGUAUAGCACACAAAUUGGACAAUUUUCUGUUGAUGGGAUCAAGGAAUUCUUGAAUGCGGUCAAUUAUGGAAAAGGAAGAGUUCUAGAAAUUAAGCCCACGCAUCUUUCCAACAACUUCCUGAAAAUUGUCGAAACCCAGCCAUGGGAUGGAAAGGAUAAGGAACUUCCGGUAAUGGAGGAUAUCGAUUUAUCGGAUGUCGAUAUGGAUGAGAAGACGGAGCUCUAAAUUCCUAGUUAAUACUUGUUUUUGAAUAAAAUUCAAUUUUAU